GGGGGGGCGUGGUUUAGCGAAGUCUGCAGCGGGAGAGAGAAUCAGGAGACGAGCGGUAAGUGAGUGGUUUGGGCAAAAAUUAUCAUCACCUGUUUCUCGUUCUAGUAAUUGGCGUGGAGAGAGUAUAAAACGCCGGGAGAAACGGAUGCAAGCGAGAGAGAGACGGACUGCUGACCCGAACCGGAAGGAGUGAACCGGAAGUUUGACGGAGUGUCAGAAUAAGAGUCCCCGUUUGGGUGUUUGUGAUUUUCUUUGUUCUUUGUUUAGUUUUGGUUAAAUAAAUACGUCAGCAGUCCAGCCGACCCCUUUGUCCUCUUCCUUGCCACACGAACUUACUACACUGGUGCUGAAACCCGGGAAGGAAGAAGGACCGCCGCCGCCAUGCAAAGCCCGUCCUCCACGCCGCUUGCGGAUAUCAUCGCUUCCCUCGCGGUCCUGCACCAAGAACAACAUCAGGCCCUGCUGGACCUGAGGACCGAUCAGGAGAGACGAUUCCAGGCCAUCGUUCAGGCCCAGCAGGAGGACCGCGAGAGGUUCCGGAGCUGGAUGGAUCGGGAGGUUCGCGCCGAGGCCGCCGGGCCGCCCGCCGCCCCCAUGCACCUGCCGCUUCACAAGAUGGGGGCCCAGGACGAUCCGGAGGCCUUCCUGGAGCUCUUCGAAAAGUCGGCGGAGGCCUGCGGGUGGCCCCGCGAGCAGUGGCCGGUACGCCUAAUACCCCUGCUCUCCGGUGAGGCCCAGGUGGCCGCGCAACAACUUCCGGUGGCGAACCUCCUGGUCUUCGACGACCUCAAGAGGGCCAUUAUCCAGCGGGUCGGCCGGUCGCCAGAGCAACAUCGCCAGCGCUUCCGGUCCCUGGAUUUGGGCGAGGCCGGCCGGCCCUUCGCGAUGGCCCAACAGCUCCGGGACUCCUGCCGCAAGUGGCUACUGGCCGAGGGAAGUGACGUGGAGCAUGUCGUCGACCUGGUGGUGCUGGAGCAGUUCAUCGCUCGGCUUCCCAAGAAGACGGCCGAGUGGGUCCAGUGCCACCGCCCCACGUCGCUGGACUCGGCCAUCCAUCUGGCGGAGGACCACAUGGUGGCGUGCCCAGGGGUCGGCGCACCCCCACCUGCUAACUCUCUCUCUCCUUCUCUCUCUCCCCCCUCUCUCUCUCGCCCUGUCCCUCUCCCUAGGUCCCGUCCACCCGGCCCUCCUCGUGUCCCGCCCCGGGGGCGGGGCGGGAUCGACCAUGGACACUUCGGGAGCCCAAGGGCCCCGCCCAGGGGGGCAGGGAUUGUGCCUGCUGGGGGGGACAGUGCUUCCUUUUCUCCACUCUCUCCGCGCCAAUUCUCCAAUCCACUCCCUGCCACUGGGGCGGCGGGUAGGUCUGGGCUGGCCUGUUGGCGUUGCGGGGACCCGGAGCAUUUCGUGGACAGGUGUCCAGCGAUGGAGGUGGGGACAAUGAUCCGGGUCCCGGAUGUCCCACAGGUCACCCCCGGUCAGGCUGGCGAGUACCAAAUACCCACAGACGCAUCGGACAGGGGGCUGGGGGCAGUCCUGUCCCAGGAGAUAGAGGGGGAGGAACGGCCGGUGCUGUACAUUAGCCGGAAGCUCUCGAAGAGAGAGGCUAAGUACAGCACCAUCGAGAAAGAGUGCCUUGCCAUCAGAUGGGCCGUCCUCACCCUCCGCUAUUAUCUCCUGGGACGGGAGUUCACCCUCUGUUCGGACCACGCUCCGCUGCAGUGGCUCCACCGCAUGAAGGAUACCAACGCGCGGAUCACUCGUUGGUAUCUAGCUCUUCAGCCUUUUAAGUUCAAGGUGAUCCACAGGCCGGGUGUUCAGAUGGCGGUGGCCGACUUCCUCUCCAGAAAUGGGGGGGGGGGCUGCAGGCCGGAUGGCUCCCCGGCCUGAGUCGGGCGGUGGGGGUAUGUGGCAGGGGGGGCGUGGUUUAGCGAAGUCUGCAGCGGGAGAGAGAAUCAGGAGACGAGCGGUAAGUGAGUGGUUUGGGCAAAAAUUAUCAUCACCUGUUUCUCGUUCUAGUAAUUGGCGUGGAGAGAGUAUAAAACGCCGGGAGAAACGGAUGCAAGCGAGAGAGAGACGGACUGCUGACCCGAACCGGAAGGAGUGAACCGGAAGUUUGACGGAGUGUCAGAAUAAGAGUCCCCGUUUGGGUGUUUGUGAUUUUCUUUGUUCUUUGUUUAGUUUUGGUUAAAUAAAUACGUCAGCAGUCCAGCCGACCCCUUUGUCCUCUUCCUUGCCAC